AUGACGGGAGGAUCGAAAUUCGAGGUCUCGAAAUUUGAUGGUCAUGGCAAUUUCGGAUUAUGGCAGACGAGAGUAAAAGAUUUAUUGGCGCAACAAGGAAUUCAAAAAGGGCUGCGUGCAGAAAAGCCAAAGGGGAUGGAAGACGAUGAUUGGCAAGAUCUGCAGGAACGGGCGGCCGGGACGAUUCGGUUGUGCCUUGCAGAUGAAGUUAUGUAUCACGUUAUGCAUCUCAAAUCGGCGGAUGAGAUCUGGAAGAAAUUGGAAUCGCAGUUCAUGUCGAAAACCCUAACGACAAAACUGUAUCUAAAGCAGAGGUUAUACGGGCUGAAGAUGCAGGAGGGGACCGAUUUCGGGCAACAUGUGAAUAUCUUCAAUCAGGUUGUCACGGAUUUGGCUUCACUCGAAGUCAAGAUUGAAGAUGAAGACAAGGCGAUGAUUUUACUGUGUUCGUUACCUCCUUCUUACGAACAUAUGGUGACUACCCUUACAUAUGGGAAAGAAACGAUCAAGACUGAGGAGAUUACUUCAGCGUUGUUGGCUCACAACCAGCGGAAACAGAAAUCUGGAGAGUCAUCUUCUCAAAGUGACAGUUUAUAUGUGAAGGGUAACCAGGAUCGUGGAAGGAAACAGGUGCGGGAUAAUUCAGGAAAUCGGAAUUUCAGAUCCAAGUCGCGAGACAAAUCGAAAGGGAGGAAAACUGUGACGUGUUAUAAAUGCAAGAAACAAGGGCACUUUAAACAGGAUUGCCCAAAGUGGAAGAAACAGACUGCUGAUAUGUCAUCCAAGUCUGCAAAUGUGGUACAGAAUGAGGAAUCUGAUUGCAGUGAUGGAGAUAUGUUAUCUAUUUCGACUGCGCAGUAUGAUGAUGCUUGGAUUCUCGAUUCUGGAUGUUCAUAUCAUAUAACGCCUAACAGAGAGUGGUUUGCUACUUAUAAAUCAGGCAACUCGGGUUCUGUUUUUCUUGGUGAUGAUAGAUGCUGCGGUAUUGUCGGUAUUGGGGAUGUCAAAAUCAAGAUAAAUGGUUUCAUUCCCAAGGCUGAUGAGGAUAGGGAAACCAUUAAGAUUGUGAAGGGUGCCUUGACUGUGAUGAAGGGGAGGAUCACUGCAGGGAACAUUUACAAACUGUUGGGAACAGUUCUUGAUAAAGGAGAGAGUUCGAGUUCUGCACCUGAUGAUGUUGAUCAUGAUGUUUCUGGCCCAACUGAUGUGCCAGAGAGCUACAAGUUAGCUCGGGAUAGAGUGAGGCGUACCAAUAUACAAGCUCCGGUCAGGAAAAAUCAGGUUAUUGCAUUUCACUCCUCGUCGAAGUGGAAAUUUCAUUUCGAGGCCUCGAAACAGAUUUCGAAGCUGAUUGUAAUAGACUUCACAGCCUCAUGGUGUGGUCCCUGUCAUAGUAUUCAACCUGCAGUUGAAGAGUUUGCUGAAACAUAUACAGAUGUGGACUUUGUCAAAAUUGAUGUUGAUGAAUUGGAUGGUGUGGCAACUGAGUUUGGAGUUCAUAUAAUGCCAACUUUCAUUCUAAUAAAGAGAGGGGAAGAGGUUGAUAAGGUUGUGGGGGCAAAAAGGGAAGAACUCAGGAAGAAAAUUGAGCAGCACAGGUUCUAA